CAUUCAUUACGCAAAUCGCUACCAAAUCGCGUUGAAUUUCGUCACCACAAGCUACCUUAAAUCAGUAUAAAUAAUUGUGAAUGGUUUCCUACUAAAGAUAAAGUUUAUUUACUACAGCUAUCAGCUAUAAUUAAUUGUAAUUUCCUCCCUGAUAAGAAUUUCUCAUCAAUUGUGCCGUCCAACAUUCCGGCUGUUUUUGUUUAUAACAACAAUCUGCUCAGUGUGUGUGAGUGUGUAUCGCGUGCUGGUUUCAUUAAAAGGCCACGUUACUACCCGCACACUUGCAAGCUAAACAACAAACAGCAGUAUCGUGGUUGUUGUUGUCGCCAACGUAGCUGCCAUUGCCAUUGCUUGUUGUUGUUGUUGUUCUUGUUAUAGUUGUCGCUAAAGCCAGGCAGCAGUUAUGGACUCACCUACACCGCCAAUUGUCAUCGAAGAUUCGAACGGUUCAGCAAUGGAUGCCUGCUUCACGGCAUUCGAUAAAGACGGCGAUGACCGCCUGAGUCUCGAUGAAUUUACGCUAAUCUGCCGUGCGCUGUUCCGUAACGACAAGGGACACAUCUACGAUGUGCCACACGAACGCCUCGAGGAGAUAUUUGCUGUCUUUGAUACAAACAGCGAUGGCUUCAUUGAUAGAGAGGAGUUUAAAUUUUGCUGGAAUCAAUGGAUAAAAACGAUUGUGCGGCCGGUGAACGCGUUUCUCAUUGUUGAUGUACAAAAUGAUUUUAUAAGUGGUUCCUUGGAUAUAAGUAAUUGCAGUGCACAGCAGCAAGGACACGAGAUACUGGAGCCCAUCAACAAGCUGCUAGAUACUGUCGACUUUGAUGCAGUAUUUUAUUCGCUAGACUGGCAUCCCAGCGAUCAUGUCUCCUUCAUCGACAACGUCAAAAUGCGUGCCAUGGACGAGUCAUCGCCGCUCGAUGCAGACUCGGCACAGGUCUUCGAUACUGUCAUCUUUGCCGGGCCACCGCCCAUGAAGCAACGUUUAUGGCCGCGGCAUUGCGUGCAGGACUCUUGGGGCGCUGAGCUGCAUAAGGACCUUAAGGUGGUGGAUCAUGGCAUUAAGGUGUAUAAGGGCACCAAUCCGGAGGUUGAUUCAUAUUCAGUUUUCUGGGAUAAUAAAAAACUGUCGGAUACCACGCUGAAUGCACAACUGAAGAUGAAAGGCGCCACAGAUAUUUAUGUGUGUGGCUUGGCGUACGAUGUGUGUGUGGGCGCCACGGCUGUGGAUGCUCUGUCUGCUGGCUAUCGGACCAUUUUGAUAGACGACUGUUGUCGCGGCACCGAUUUCCAUGACAUCGAGCACACCAAGGAGAAGGUUGUGACCAGCGAUGGUGUAAUUGUGCACACCAAUGAGGUCAAGGCCAUGGCCGAGGGUCGGGAUCGUCGCCCCGAGCUCGGUUAUAAGCUGGCCAUGGAGCUAAAGAGUCCCGACUCGGUGCUGUCGCAACGCAACGGUUUCAGACCCAGCUACUGAAUCACACUUAUUAUUAGACCUCACAGACAACAACAAAAACGAAACACGAGCUGAGCAUCACAAACCGCUUUGAAGAGAAAACGAAGCUUUGCAGUCACAACAUGACAUAUGAAAAGAAAAGACAAAUUUACACUUGAAAUACAUAGUACUCAUAUAUACCUAACCGAUGUGCCUCUAUUGGUAAAGCAAAUCGAUUGAGUAGCCACUAGCUUUUGCUAAAGACAAGACAAUUAGGUAUCGUAGUUAAUGUUCUAUUUGAUUAAAUGGAUUGAAGAGUUGAAGAGUUUUUAAUGAGAUAUAUGCUUCUAAUAAAAUAAGAAUAUCAAUUCAAUUGAUCACAAGUGCAAAAUAUUGGAAUUGCCCUAACUACUUUAAUACACCCUAUAUGCGAAAAAUAACACUUUCCAAGCGCUAAUGUUGUUGAAAUGUUGUUUUUGCACCCGUUCCAACCAUUAUACAGAUCUAUAAUUGUAUUUAUAGACAAAGCAACAAUCACGAUUAACUUACAAUUUACAAUUAGUGCUUGAAAUACUAUAUGCAUAUAUACUCGUACAAUUGUACUUAAAUAAUUG